AUGUCUAUGCCUUUAGAAAGUUUUUCUGGUCAAAUCAGCCGCAAUCCGACUUAUUUUACAAAUCGAAACGAUUUUCAAUUAGCUUGUAACAUUUCAAUGAAAAAACCUGACGAAAAAAGGAUCUGGAUAAUUAUUCAACAGUGGCCUCCAGAAGUUUUUAUCUUAUGCAAUUUUUUGCACGAGAAUUUAAAUGUAAAUACAUUUAAAUUCGAAUACACUGGAAAUGGGAACUCCCAAGGCAGUUUUAGUUUUGCGGGUUAUACAAGAGAUGCAGCCGAUAUUGACGACGCUGUACAAUUUUUAGCUGCGAGAGGAUUUGACGUCGAAGGAAUUAUUGGGAUGUCAAUGGAUGCGAUUGGAGUAAUUAUACCAAUUCUGUAUAACAGCAAAAUAAUUAUUUUUAUUUAUUAUUUCUAAGUAUUUGCUAAAAUAAAAAGACUGCAUUGAUAUAUUUAUGGGUAACUGGUAUAUGUACUCUGCCUUGUAUGGGCAGGUUAAAAAAAUUGUAACAAUAUCUGCGAGAUUUCAGAUGAAUGUUUUACCAAGCUUUAUUCAAGAAGUAUAUGAAGUUACCAGGCAAAAUAAAGAAAUUAUGCAUAUAGUAUAUUAAAUAUUUUACUUUUAGAUUCCUCCUAAUUUUAGAGUUUUUACCUUCUAAAAUAGGAUAAAAUCUCUUUUCUAUUAAAGUUUUUAUGAGCAGCAGCUAUUUUCGAUUAAAAAAGUAAAGGCACUUUUAGCUCUUGAUUUCUUUCUAAUAAUUUAAAUAUAAAUGGCGAAAAUGAUUACAGGUUUUAUAGGAUUCCAAAAAUUAUCUAAAAUUCGGAGCGAAUAAGCAAAAUUUCUAAUUAUUAUACUGCUUUUGGAAGACAACUAAGACUAACAUGGGAGAUGAUUGAAGAAACUGUAAACCUUGAUAUGAAAUACUACUGUGAAAGAGUUCAAGGAGAUAUAUAUAUUAUCCACGGAGAUAUUGAUGAAAUUUGUCCUUAUGCAGACUCUUUGAAGUAUGUACAAUUUUUAAGGGGAAAAUGCAGAGGACAUUUCACGCUAGGCUGCGAUCAUUUAUAUUUUGGGGUGUUUGAUGAAGUAGCUGGGAUUAUUGAAAAUAUUAUGUCUAAAUAA